GUAGCUGGAUCUGGAAAAGAUGGUGACUCAGAAACCCCCCCACCCCCUGUGCUAGGUUUAACUAGCAACACCCCUGACAUAGAGCCUGUGACCUCUGCUGCCGCUGAUGAGUCUUCCAAUGCCCCUGCUAGUCCUCUUAAAUCUCCCUACAAAUCUUCCCCGUCACGGAGUACUGAGCGGAAGAAGACCCUGCCAUCCCCUAAUGGAUCUGAUGGAGCAAAGACACCAACUACCCCAGAGUCACAGCCUGAAAAGCUAAAGAAAGAAAAACGAGCUACAACUCCUGUACAAGCCAGUACCCUGGGUUCUCCUCUCAGAAGAUCUGAAUCCCCUGCAACCCUGUCCAAAAGAUCAUCUUCUCCAGCAACACCAAAAUCACUCUCAAAGUCAUAUGCACAGUCUCCAGUGAAAAACAACAAGCAGUUCCCAGCAUCUCCUAUGAAAACUCGAUCCAGCUCAAAUACCAGCCAAGAUGCACCUAAAAAGAGACCAGAGAAAUCCAAAACGAGUCCCGAAACCGAGGAACAUCCCGUGGAACAGAAAACAGAAUCCUCCAAACUAGAGAAAAGUCUCUCUACUAGUGAGAAGAAAGAUGCUAAUGAAAGCUCUGGAAAAAUCACAGCAGGGACAACUGAUGCUGAUGAGGCUGCAAAGAUACUGGCAGAGAAGAGGCGUCAGGCACGAUUCCAGAAGGAACAAGAAGAGCAAGAAAGACGUGAGCGCGAGGAGGCUGAGAGGCUGAAGAAGGAAGAGGAGAGGAGAAGGGCGGAGGAGGAGAGGCAACGUUUACAAGCAGAAGCAGCUUUGCUGGCAGAGAAGAAAAAGCAAGAAGAGGAGGAAGCCAAAAGGAAAGCAGAAGAAGAAGCAAACCGAAAAGCAGAGGAAGAAAGACUUCUGAAGGAAAAACAAGAAAAGGAACUGCAGGCCUAUCUGGAAAAGCAGAAAGAAGAGGCUGAAAUAAGGGCCCGAGAAGCAGCAGAAGCCAUGAGAGUAGAGCGAGAACAGAUCAUACAGCAGAUUGAACAAGAACGACUGGAAAGAAAGAAGAGGAUUGAUGAGAUCAUGAAAAGGACAAGGAGGAGUGAAGUUCAAGAAACAAAGAAAGAGGAAUCAAAACUUGAGGUUCAGUCAUCUUUAACUUCUGAAAGGAUAACAAGGGAUAAUAAAACAGUGCAAGUCAAUGGGUUAUCCUCUCAUACAGAAAAUAAGAAACCUUCUGUUGCAAUCAUUGAAACACAGCCUAAAGAAUUGUUCUCCAGUGGCCUGAAAACAAAUGUUAGCCUUAUUCAACUUGAUGCAUUUGAAGUGAAAUGUAACAGUCUGGAUGAUUCCACGGAUGAAGUUCAGUCAAUGGAUGUG